AUGUCAGAGAGAAACAUAAUUACCACAUGUCACUUUAACGGUGUUGUUUCGACAAACACUCCUGUUGGAUUCUCGUUCAGCAAUACGGAUACAUACGCCUUCAAAAUUCAUGUCAAUUCAGAUUUUUUUCAUUUUAAGGAUAGAAUGGAAAAAAAAUUGGCACAAGGCGUUGAGGAAAUCAUUUAUCGCCAUCCCACCCUUAAUGAAGACGACUGUACGAUUUUUUACAUUAUGACGCCAAUCAAAAACGACGACGAUGUCAAGGCCAUGUUUCGGUGCCACAUGAUGUUUGGUCAGUUACCUACAAUUGAGGUGUAUGUCAAACUACAACAUAAUCCCGAAACAUUGCAAACUCAGGAGACCCAGUCACACUGGUACGGGAUGAGCCAAACAUCCGACGACGAACCAACGCAAAACAAUUUACCUUUCAUACCAGAUGAGGAGGUUGGAGAAUCAAGUGAUGAUGAUAUUUAUGAGGAGAUCAGGAUGCAAGAUAUUUUUGGUGACAGCGGUGACGAAGACAAUGAAGACGAAGAUAUAGUUGUCCCGUCUACGCAACCGAUCCGCGCACAACCCGUAAGUUUGUAUAACCCGCCGAUACACAUGCAAAAUAUUGAUAUUGAAGAUGACGACACAACCUCCGUGUUUGGAAGUGCUAUUCAAAACCAUAUAGGUGAUGAAAUAGAGAUCGGUAUGGAGUUUGAAAACAAGGAAGCCUGCGUUCUCGCUCUGCAGCAUUGGCACAUAACACACUGUGUGGAUUAUUGGGUGUAUCAGUCCGACAAUGAACGAUAUGUCAUUCAGUGUAAGAAAUAA